AUGACAAUUUAUUAUUUUAGAACCAACAUAAAAAAGACCAACAAAAAUAAAACGUGGGAGAGAGAGGAGGAGAGAGGGAGUCAGAGAGAGCACGGAGGCGAGGAGAGAGAAGGCGGGGGAGGGCAGGCAGAGGGAAGGAGGAAUGGUGGGAUCUUCCGCCUGGGAUUGGAAGGAAGGCAGCGGGUAGGAGGAGGGCGGGAGAGAUCGGUGGGUAAAUUAUAUGGGGAGUGGAGCACUGGUGGAUGGCGUCCGUCGCUGGUUCCAACGCCGCACCUCUAUCCCCACCUCCCUCGACUCCACUUCUACUGCUCCAGUCAACACUUGUAUCCGUGGUGGAGAUGCGUUCCUGACCGAAAUUCACGCUCAACCACCCCCUUCCUUAUCCGCACAACAACAACGACAACAACAAGAGGAAGAGCUCACGAUUGUAGAGGAUUUAGAUAUCUCAGGUUUGAAGCUCAUCAAGGUCUCGAAACGAACCACUUCCAGAUUCAUCUUCAUGGAUCCCCACAAAAAGAGCACACUGGAGACGGAAUUCUUCACAGAAUAUGGAGAGGCAAGCCGAUACCAAGUUCAAGAAGUCAUUGGCAAAGGAAGUUAUGGUGUUGUUGGCUCUGCGGUUGACACCCAUACUGGAGAAAAGGUUGCAAUUAAGAAGAUUAAUGAUGUUUUUGAGCAUGUAUCUGAUGCCACACGCAUUCUAAGAGAAAUCAAGCUCCUUCGACUUCUUCGACAUCCCGACAUUGUAGAAAUAAAGCAUAUUAUGCUUCCCCCUUCUCGAAGAGAAUUCAAAGAUAUCUACGUUGUUUUUGAGUUGAUGGAAUCUGAUCUUCACCAAGUCAUUAAGGCAAAUGAUGAUCUUACUCCAGAGCACUAUCAGUUCUUCUUGUACCAGCUUCUUCGUGGUUUAAAGUACAUACAUACAGCAAAUGUGUUUCAUCGAGAUUUAAAGCCAAAAAACAUCCUUGCUAAUGCUGACUGCAAAUUGAAGAUCUGUGAUUUUGGGCUUGCCCGUGUAUCUUUCAAUGAUGCUCCGUCAGCUAUUUUCUGGACUGACUAUGUUGCAACUCGGUGGUAUCGUGCUCCUGAACUUUGUGGCUCUUUCUUCUCAAAAUACACCCCUGCAAUUGAUACUUGGAGCAUAGGGUGCAUAUUUGCAGAAAUGCUCACGGGAAAACCACUGUUUCCUGGGAAAAAUGUGGUGCAUCAAUUGGAUCUUAUGACUGAUUUGCUUGGCACUCCUUCCCCUGAAUCCAUUGCAAGGAUUCGUAAUGAAAAGGCAAGAAGAUAUCUGAGUAGCAUGCGAAAAAAGCCACCAGUUCCAUUUUCACAGAAGUUUCCUAAUACAGAUCCAUUGGCUCUUCGCCUGCUGGAGCGCUUGCUUGCAUUUGAUCCUAAAGAUCGUCCAUCUGCUGAAGAGGCUUUGGCUGAUCCUUACUUUCAUGGUUUAUCAAAUGUGGAUCGUGAACCUUCCACUCAACCCAUUUCAAAACUUGAGUUUGAGUUUGAAAGGAGGAAAUUAGCAAAGGAUGAUGUUAGAGAAUUAAUCUAUCGAGAGAUUUUAGAGUAUCAUCCCCAGAUGCUGCAGGAGUACAUUCAUGGUGCAGAUCAAACUAGCUUUAUGUACCCAAGUGGUGUGGAUCGAUUCAAGCGACAGUUUGCCCAUCUUGAGGAGCAUUACGGUAAAGGUGAAAGAAGCACUCCACUCCAAAGGCAGCAUGCUUCCUUACCUAGGGAGCGGGUUUGUGCACCCAAGGAUGAGACUGCUGAUCAAAAUGAUGAUUUGGCUGCACUUGCUCGUACAGCGCUUCAGAGCCCUCCUAGAUCACAGCAGGCUGCAGAUUCAGAAAAUGCAAACAUGAAUGCACAGAAUGGAUGUAGCAGGCCAAACUGCAGUGCCCGUAGUCUACUGAAGAGUGCAAGCAUAAGUGCUUCCAAGUGUGUUGUCGUUAAAAAUAAAAAGGAUUCUGAGGAGGAGCCAAUUGCUGAACACACUGAUGAGGGGAUUGAUGGUUUGACCCAAAAGGUAGAAGCCCUUCACGCCUGAUCAUGCAAUUCUUGGAUGACAAGUAGGGGAAAGUAGAUGGUUUGGUUUGGUGCUCUGCACCUUCGUCAAAUUCUCCCCAUUGUGCGGGUAUGAAGACUGCUGUAAAACAACUAGCAUGGAAGAUCUUCAUUUUGCGUAAGGUAGAAACUAACCUUAGGAUUGUAUUCUUGUAAUGAUCAUUUGUUUUUGUUGCAAUACAAAACUGGGAAAAAAGCUUGAAUUACUCUUUAAUCUUUUAAGAAAAAGAACGAUUGUAUCUUAUUCCAUGUUUGAUGACAUUGAUAACAAGUUGAUAUAAGAAGAAAAACAGCAAUUUUUAGCA